UAUGGGGUGGUCUAAGGGAUUUUGGGUGAUUUGGGGAAUAGGACAACGGCAGAGAUGAAUUUUGAUGUAGGAAUAAUGAGAGCUAAGAUGUAUAAGGAGGAUGGAGGUUUUAGGUUCCAGGAGGGCUGAGAGAGAAAUAAGCCGAGCCUCUUCAUAGAGAAAGUGUUAACUCCUAAAGGAGUCCAAACAAAUCCUCACAAGUCUUUAUUUACCAAGCCUGUGCAACCAAAAGGGAAUUAUGCUUCAAACAAGGAUUGGGCCAGUCAGAGUCAAUACUUUGACCAUCAGUCUUCGCUAAUUCACAUCCCUCAGCUGAUCUCCAGUAAGAUCAAGGUGAUUUACAAGAAAAAAGAGAAAUAUGAAAGCUUGAUAACCGACAUUAACUAUAGAAUAAACGCUAAUAAACUUGAGAUCAGGAGGCUCAAAGCUAAGAUCUCUGCUGAAGAGCGCAAGCACACCACCAUGGAUGGCAAGAGGCUUAUUAAAGUCAAAUAACUCCACUCUGUUCCUUCACAUCAAGCCUUUGAGACCCUCACAAUGCCUGAGCAGCUGCAUUGAGAAACAUUUUGGAGCGGCACAAAGGAGUUCGAGGCUGAGGUGCUAUAAUACCGUUGCGUACUCUACUUUUACUGAACUUGGGCUUAAAUUAGCACCCCAGGAGAAGAAAUACUUCUAUUAUGAAGUCCUAGAUGGCAAUCAUACAUUCUUUUCAAAGAAAUAUGACUGGAAUUUUGGAGCUGAAAUUCAAGACCAACUACCUAAGAUUCAGUUCAACUGGAAGCUAAAGACUGGGAACGAGAACGUCAAGAUCCGGCUGUAUUCAGAGACAGUGACUAAGACAAGUAGUGGUGCCUGCUCAACUCCAAAAUACUCUAUUAACGCUGAGAUUAUUGGGGAAGUUGAGUUUCCGUUAAAAUAAGAAUUUGAUGUCACUGGCGCAUCAAGAAAAAAUCUCCAAGCAUCUUACAGCCUCUGGAGGGUCUCCAGAGACUGUUUCUGAUGCCUGGGAUGGCCUCUUCAGCUUUGACAUUCAGUGGAUUCAUAAUAUCUAUGAGUACAGACUCAAGAGGGAGUUCUCAAAGCUUCAUGCUUUGGAGAAGGAAAAGGAAAAUAUACUGUUAAAACAUAAAAAUGUUACAAUAGAGCUGGAAAGUCUUCAGCAAGAGGAUGGUGUUGGAGUAUUUAAGAAGCUCUUGACUCAAUCACAGAGCUUAAACUCUUUACCUCCCAAAGCCUCAGAGGGAUGCAGGAGCAGGCUUAACUAUUCCUCAGAUGAUGAAUGGGAAAAUCUCGAAGUGAACAAAGACAGUAACACUAAUUGUUCUUCCACUCAGAAGAGUAACAGAACGCAGGAGAGGUUACAGCCUAGUGGGAACAAUCCCUCUUCUGCUAGGAAUAAAGCCUUCCGACUUUCCCUAGUUGGGAGCAUGAUGGGCACCCUUAUGAAGAAGGAAGACCCUGGAGUAUCUACUCUGUCUUUAGAUGUAGGAAUCCCUGAAGAGGAGUAGCUAAAAAUCCCUGAUGGUUGUAAAUUCAAUAGUUUUAUCUUUUA